AUGUUCCGUGCAGCGUCGGGGCGCCUCAGCGCCAGCAUCCCGCGUCUCCUCCAAACCCAGCGCCAAACGUCCACCCGAUCAAUAUGCAGCAACACCGCACGACCUACACCACAUGCACGAGUAUAUAACACGAACAUAACCCUGAACUCGCGCGUUGCCGGUCAGCGUUACUCCUCGUUCCGUCAUCGUGUCCGCAUGGGCUAUCGCGAAGCGUCAAAGGAUAUUUUCCGCAAAAAUCCCCUCGUGCUGCCAAUCGCUAUCCUCGCCGCCGUCGGCGGAAUCACCUUUUUCGUUUACACUACUUAUGUCGAAAUCACCAAAAACAUACCACAGUAUACCAAAUUCCCGCCGAAAGUGGCGGAUGCUCUGCGCCAAGCCAUUUACUACACGGAUAUCGACCUGAACGCACCGAAGGCAUUGCAGGCGUACAAAAAUGCACUGCACCUGGCCAUUGACGAGGGGAUGCAUCCCUUCUCAGACGAAGUGUUGGGUCUCAAGAUACAGGUUGCGGCGAUGCUGGAAAAGGCUGGAUUGGUGAAGCAGGCUACAGAGGUUCUAGAGCGGACGAAGAGAGAAGCUUUGUCCUGGAUUGAAGAAGGCCAACGGUCAGAGUCUUCUAUUGUCACCAAAACGUCAAUUCCAGAGGCGCAGCUAUCUUCCAAUGCCAAGGUCGCUCCUGAUAAUGUACAAAUCAAUGCACAGGCACUCCAGGACGCGGAGAAGGAAUUGAAGGAAAUGCAGGAGUACGAGGCGCGGCAACGAGAUCGCGCAUUGAAGAAGGUCAUUGGCAUCGAGAUGAAGUUGGCCGAGCUAUAUUCCAGCGACUACAUCCAAGAUGACAAGAAGUCCGAGGCGGCUCAGAUUGCUGCCGUAGAAUUGUGCCUUAAGGAGAUGCACCGGCGCCAGAAACUAGGGUUGCCCGUUGGAGCAAGUUCCGGCGAGGGAUCGGAUUCUUCUUGGAUGAACUUGACCGAAAUCGCCACUGCGCUGACAGACCUCGCAAUAAGUUAUACUGCCAAGGAACGACAUGAACUCGCCAUGCCAUUAUACCUUCGCGCAUUGGACAUCAUCCGUGCCGAGGAGGGAAGCACCCCCUCGUGCAAGCAGGUCGUGUUGCUGAAUAGCGUUGCCAGCUCCAUGGCUGGCCAGGCACAGCCAACAUCGCCUCGUGUACAACAGAUGAAGCAGCAGGGUAUUUCCCAAGAACCCACGGUUGAGGCUGCUCGGCAAUGGGCACAGAAGGCCAUUGAUGUCGCGGCCCACAUCAAACCCCCAGUUCGCGAUGAGGAGUGUGAUCUUAGCUGUGUUGCGGCUACUUACAACCUUGGUGAACUGGCUGAGUUACAGCAAAAGCCCGAAACAGCAAUUGCACGCUAUACCGAGGCCAGAUCUCUCGCAAAGGGACUUGGAUACCAAGAAGGGGUCUCAUUGGCAGAUGAUGCGUUGGCGAGACUCCGAAAGAGGCUCCUAUAG